CCGCCGGGUCCCGGAGCCCGGGCCGCCGCGCCACGCCGUGGAGCUCCCCGGAGCGGGGGGCGAAGUUCCGGCAUGUGGGACGGGGCACGCAGAGAAGAAGCCGUGGCGGCGGACUCUCGGGUCAGCAGGCCGUUGGCCACUGUAGACACUGACCGUGCCUGCGGAGAUCCUGAUGUGCCACAGAUAAACUCGAAGAGUAAAGAAAAGGAAUCAAUCAAGAGCGAGCAAGAAAAGAAGAGGAAAAAAAAGCACAAUGAUUAUCAACCCAACUAUUUCUUGUCCAUUCCAAUCACCAACAAAAAGAUUACAGGAGAAAUUAAAGCCCUGCAAAAUGCAGUAAUACAACAAGAUAAGCGACUGGCCAAAGCAAUGGUGGGCGAUGGCUCCUUUCAUAUUACCCUGCUAGUGAUGCAGUUAUUAAAUGAAGAUGAAGUGAACAUUGGUGUGGAUGCGCUUUGGGAAUUGAAGCAGUCGGUAGAAGAUGUCCUGCAGGGCAGAUGUCUGACGUUGCCUUUCCAAGGGAUUGGCACUUUCGGAAAUCAGGUUGGCUUCGUGAAGCUGGUGGACGGAGACCACAGACCCCCACUCUUGGAGAUUGCAGAGAUUGCAAAAAGGAUGUUUCAAGAAAAAGGCAUCCUGGCUGGAGAAAGCAGAAGUUUUAAGCCCCACCUGACCUUUAUGAAGUUGUCCAAAGCGCCCUGGCUCCGGAAGCAUGGAGUGAAAAAGAUAGACCCUGAGUGGUAUGAAAAGUUUAUCCAGCACAGAUUUGGAGAAGAAACAUUGUACCGCAUAGAUCUUUGUUCCAUGGAGAAGAAAAAGCAAAGUGAUGGUUAUUAUCACUGUGAGUCUUCAAUCAUGGUUGGUAACAAGACUGGAGCAGAGCCGGAUGAUGUUGAGCUGGUAAGACUGAGUAAGAGGCUGGUGGAGAACGCGGUGCUCAAGGCUGUGCAGCAGUACCUGGAAGAAACCCAGAACAAAAAGCAGCCAGGGGAGGGGAGCUCUGUGAAAGCAGAAGAGGCCGAUGGGAGUGGCAAUGGCAGUGAUAACAACAGGAAAUGAGACUGGAACUGGGGUCCCGGCUGUUCUGUGGAAACGCAUCCCUUCUCCCCUCUGCUAAGUCUGGACGCUGACCUGCCAUGUGCUGUUUAAGUGUCCCUUGUCUCAUCCAAGGAGAUGGCCUAACACUCAUGAUCGAUGUGUUUGCAUUUCUGAAACACAACAGAAGCGAAGCGGAGUCCUUGGGACUAGCAGAGGAAGUUAGUUUAUGGAAGAAAAAUGGGCCAAGUUUCACUUGCCCUCAGCCGAGCACAGGGAGGGAGGGGCACUCCGGGUUCCACCUGCCUCGGGACCCAGAGGCCGGGAGAGGCCUGGCCCUGAAUGAAAUACUGCCACUUCUAUUGCCUAGGGCAUUUGACUACUUCAUCUGAGGCCAAACACACACUGCUGUCAAGUGCAAAGUUUAAUUCAUCACUGUCGAAAUUAUCUUCUGUCCAUAAUGUUUCAUGUUUGUCCUUCAUGUGCUAUCGCUAUGCACUGAUCUUCAUUUACAGUAAUUUGUGUUUUAUGUACAUGAUAUAUUUUUGGCAAAACACAACCUUUUCUAUAAAAUGGGCAACAUUUUAAAGGUUUUUUUUUAAGCCUCAUUUUGAUAAGUCAGUGUAUCAUGUUUAAAGUUUUUCAUUGACAUUUGUACUUUAAAUGUAUUAUAUAAUUUUUUUCCCUUUAGGCAAGAAACCUAUUGGAACCCAAGACUUAAUUAAUGAAGCUUUGGAACAAGAAAGGAUGGGUCUGAAGUCCAAAGUGAAGCAGAUAAAGGAACUUUUAUUAAUGCCUGAGACUCAGGCCAAAAUUAGGAGGGAGCUUUUUGAAGGACAACACAUUAAUAACAGUAAUCAAGUUGAUUUCAGUGCAACUUGGC